AACCUCACGCGGAGUGUAAGUAAACGUGCACGUCGUGGCACUUAGCUGGGCGACUGUGAGUGAUUGCUAAACACAAACACGGCAGCUUGUGAAUUACAUUUCAGUAUUGUUCCCCGGUGUGAAAAUGUCAUUGACUCGUACUGUCAUAUGCCUGCUGAGGAACGAUCUGCGUCUUCAUGACAACGAGGUGUUUUACUGGGCUCAGGGGAAUGCAGAGCACGUAGUCCCCCUCUACUGCUUUGACCCACAACAUUACCAGGGCACAUAUCACUUUAACUUCCCUAAGUCCGGGCCGUUCCGUUUACGCUUCCUCCUAGACAGUGUGACAGACUUGAGGGCAACGCUGAAGAAACAGGGCAGCACACUGUUAGUGAGACAUGGAAAGCCAGAGGAUGUUGUCAGUGAUUUGAUUAGGCAGUUGGGGUCAGUCACGGCUGUGGCUUUUCAUGAGGAGGUGGCGUCAGAGGAAAAGGAUGUGGAGAAGAAGGUAAAGGAAGUCUGCUCUCAAAACAAGGUCAAAUGUCAGACUUUCUGGGGGUCUACACUCUACCACAGAGAUGAUCUCCCAUUCGGUCACGUUGAGAGGUUACCUGAUGUUUUCACUCAGUUCAGAAAGUCGGUUGAGGGUCAGGCUCAAGUAAGACCGGUGUUUUCUACUCCAGAACAGAUGAAGUCUCUUCCCCCUGGAUUAGAGGAAGGUCCUAUUCCUACAUUUGAGGCCCUCGGACAGACAGAGCCAGUGGAGGACAGCCGGUCUGCCUUCCCAUGCCGCGGUGGAGAGACUGAGGCUCUCGCUAGAUUGAAACAUUACUUCUGGGACACCAACACUGUUGCAACUUAUAAGGAGACUCGAAAUGGCUUGAUCGGAGUGGACUAUUCCACCAAGUUUUCCCCUUGGCUUGCAUUGGGCUGCAUAUCACCAAGGUACAUCUAUGAGCAGAUAAAAAAGUAUGAAGCUGAAAGAACAUCUAACCAGAGUACAUACUGGGUAUUAUUUGAGCUUCUGUGGAGGGACUACUUCAAGUUUGUGGGUUUGAUAUAUGGAAAACGAAUAUUUCAUGUGAACGGUUUUCAAGAUAAGCAUGUGCCAUGGAAGACAAACAUGACUCUGUUCAAUGCAUGGAAAGAGGGAAGAACAGGAGUGCCAUUUGUAGAUGCGAACAUGAGGGAGCUUGCCCUGACAGGAUUCAUGUCAAACAGAGGACGCCAGAACGUAGCCAGCUUUCUCACCAAAGACUUGGGGUUGGACUGGCGACUGGGUGCCGAGUGGUUUGAAUACCUGCUGGUGGACCAUGACGUCUGCAGCAACUAUGGAAACUGGCUCUAUACUGCAGGAAUAGGAAAUGACCCACGAGAAAACAGGAAGUUUAAUAUGAUCAAACAAGGACUGGACUAUGAUAGCAAUGGGGACUAUGUUAGACUUUGGGUUCCAGAGCUUCGGUGUAUUAAAGGUGGGGACGUGCACACCCCCUGGACCCUCAGCAAUGCAUCACUGUCACAUGCCCAGGUGUCUCUCAACGAAACAUACCCCUCCCCGAUAGUCAUGGCACCCGAAUGGAUUCGUCAUGUCAACAAAAAAUCUUCCGGUCCAGCAUCAGCAAGAGGGAAGAAGGGUCCAUCUUACACACCAAGGGAACACAGAGACAGAGGCAUUGACUUCUACUUCUCCAAGAAUAAGAAUUUUUGAGAGGGAAGAGCCUUGUUUGUAUUGCGUUUUUUUCAUGAAUUGCUGUUGGGCAUCUGGUCAGGUCACAGGUUACAAUGUGGGAACUGGGAAGUGGACAAUAAUUGUUUCCCUUUAACACACCAAUACAGCAACUACCGCUAAUGAAGUGCAUUAAAAUACCCAUCAUAUAAUUGUCCAUUAUUUGUCUGUUUUAAAUGCAAAAUCAUAUUGUAUAUUUCUGUGAUUUUCAUAAACUCCUUCAAAUCUCCUGCUUUAUUCAAGUACAUUAUGGUGGAAUUUUUUAGUUAUUCAGGUUAUGUUAUAUCUAAAAAUAUAUAUAUUAUAUCUAUAUCCUUUUGUUAAAAAGAAUUGAGUUUUCCCUGUCUUGCAUGAAAUAUCGAUAUGAUGUUAAUUAUAGAAAACCCAAGUAAGUGUUUAAAUAUGCACAUUCAGUUGUGUUCUUUUAUUGAGAAAAAGGAAGUGAGUAGAUGUGAGAGUUUCGGUUUGGUUUUGAAGAGCAAGGGAAAAGAUAUAAAAGACAGCUGUUUGCUCGGCCCUCUGAAUGCUGCCUCAGACAGAUGGACCUGUAGCAGUAAGCCAACAUGUGACACUGACCAAAUAUUGAAGGAAAACCGUCACAAAUCACGCUGUAAACGUAACUGCAUCAUCAGGUUUUGCACAUAUUGUGGUGUCCAUUCCAGGUCCAGUGCAAAAAUCAAAACCGCUAUUUAAUUUACAUUUCGCUUAAUUUUGUUAGGCUAAUAAUAUAAUUCGUAUCAGAACCAAAUAUAAACAUUGUUUUGGACUAAAUUAACGUGAACACAAAAUGAUCAAAACGUAGCAAACAUGUUUAAUAUAACUACGAAGUGGCUGUUUCAGGAAAAUGCCCAUGUGUGGUGAUGUUUAGUCCCCGCCCAUUUUACGGGAAGUGUUUGCGCCCAUGAAACCAUUGGCUGAAGGUAUAUGUCGUUACUUCUCUGACGCAUUUUGCGAACAUUUCCUUAGUUUUUACCUUGAUGCUGUCAAAUAACGAGUGUAACAUACUGCACUGUUUAGUUUACUAAACUUGAGUUUUGUUUUUACCCUAUCAGUAGUUUUAUGAAACGAC